GCAGUUACCCUCCUCCCACCAGCAGGGGGCGCUGCCACAUAGUUAGCGCCUGAGAAGCCCUGAAUGGCAAAUUCAUCUUUCUCCGGUGCUCUGUAUAACUAUUGUUGUUUGUUGUUAAAAGCCAAAACAAAGUAAUCGGUCUUCGUUUUAGAAUUUCACAUAUUUCUUGCCUAAAAGCAACGUUUUGUCUGCGGUUUUAUAGAAGACGUUCGACCCGGAAAAAGACGUCAAUAAGCUGCAAGAGGCUGGACAAUGAAUCUGCAGUAUCAGAAUCAUAAUGUCCCAAGACAGCAGACUCAGAUGGACCCAGAUCUUCAGUGGGGUGUGGAGAACCCCCUCAGGAGAGGCAGACAUUUGGCUGCGGAGCCUCCGGGCAGCAGGGUUUUUGGAGACAGAAAGGCCCUCGGACCUCCUCCCCCGAGCUGUGAAGACCCAGACGGAGAGCCUCUGGGUGAGGAGGACCCUGAGUUGGUCAGGAAAAAGAAGAUGCUUCAAAAGUUAAAUGAGAAGAUCUUGUACAAGAAAGCUGCCAUCGCCAUCAAAGCGGUUAAAGCGUCCGUAAAAGACCCGCCUGCGCCGGAUGAUUCUCGUGGCGAGCAGACGGACGUGGGCAAAGGUGGAACUCUCAGAGACAGAGUGACGCAGAUUCUGGUACAGCAUCACUUCAGCCUUUAUGCUAAGCUCCUGUCGUCUAAAGACAGACCCAAACCGUUCACGCUGAGCCAAGAGAGUCUGCAGCAGGAAGAACAUCCGCUGAAGCUCAGAGUGAAGGCUCUGAGGAUGCACAGACUCGAUCGCUCCAGAGUUUUACCCUCUAAAAAAGAGAAGGUUCCUCCUCCUCCUCCUCCUCCUCCUCCUCCCAGCCGGAGGAAUAAUUCACCAGCAGAGGAGAAGAGCGGCUCCAACAAGGGCUUUGAGCGUUUCGUUAAGAUGCUCAACAAAGGAGCAGACACCAAUUUGAUGGAUCUGGUUCCUGGUGUCCAGCUGCCUCCUCCCAGACAGAGCACCACUCCAGCUGGGAGACAGGAGGUCAGCUCCAGCAAAGGGUUCGACAUCCUCCUUGGUGUUCUCAGCAAAGAAGCAGACCACAAAAUUAAAGACACGGUUCCUGGUGUCCACCUGUCUCCCCCCACACAGAGCGCUCCUUCACCUGUGAAACGGGACAGCAGCUCGGGAUGUGAGCGCCUCGGUGCGCUCAACAAAGGAGCUGACUCUAAAUUAAAAGACUCUGUUCCUGACGGCCCGCGGCCCACUCCCGCUCAGAUCAGAACUUCAGCUGUGAGGCAGCAGAGCAGCUCCAGCAAAGGAGCAGACCCAGACAUUAAAGACACGGCUCCUGAUGUCCCGCCGGCCCCGCCCAGCCGGAGCGCCGCCUCUCCAGCGAAGGAGAAAACCGCUGAGAAGGGUUUCGAGCACUUCCUCAGCCUGCUCAACAAAGGAGUGGACAUCGGUUUGCUCAACAAGCUCGCCAAAGACGAUGGAGAAGAUCCAAACAUUUCUGUGGAAACCAACACGCUCCGUCGAGCCGAACCCCUGCCUGGAGCUAAGAGGGAUGAGACCGAAACACCAGGCUCUAGUUCAGACUCCCGCGGACAGUCAGAGUCGCCCCCGUCGGUGAAGAAAAAGGAGGAAGAUGGAGAGCCAAGUUUGGACGAAAAGCACAAACAGCUGCAGAACAUUCUUCAAAGUCUGGGCUUGACUCUGAACCUUGAGGACAUGAGCAGACUAACUGAUCGCACUCAGGCGAGGCUGUACGGGAAGAGGAGUGGAGAGGGAGAGGGGAGGGGUGAGAGGGAGGGGAGCGGGGAGAGGGAGGGGAGCGGGGAGAGAGGGGGGAGCGGCAAGCGAGCCAGGAGCUACGAGAGAGAACGAAGUGGAGAGAAAGACAGGAGCAGAGAGAGAGAGAAGAGCCGUGAGAGAAAGAGGAGUAGCGAAAGAGAGGGGCGGAGCUAUGAGAGAGGGGGGAGGAGCUACGAGAGAGAGCGAAGGAGCAAGAGAGAAAAAAGCUACAACAAGAUGAACUACCCGACACGCUCAUUCAAAAACCACACAGAUUCACGCUCCUCUUCCUCUUCCUCUUCGUUCAGUUCUUCCUCCUCCUUCUCUUCCUCCCCUUCCAGGUCCAGAAGCAGGAGCCCCUCGUGUCGCGGGCGGCAUUCCCGCAGCAGAAAUAAACRCAGCCGUUCUCGCAGAAGAAGCCGAGAUCGGCCCAGACACAGCAACAGGAAGGAGGCGCAAAGACGCGGCCGCAAUGACGAGAUGUUUCCUUUUGCUAACGCCGCAGAUUACAGCUCGUACCAGUACGCCCAGUACAUCAGCUACUGCAACACCUACGGCAUCGCCGUGAACCCCUACUGGUUCUACCAGCAGAACAGUCUACUCCCUGAACAGCCUGAUGGCUCCACGUCCAGUGCAGGUGUUUUCCCUUACCUGGAUUAUAACUCGUUUCAAGCCAUGGUGGAUCCAGGCCUGGCUCUAACUGAAGGUCAGAGUGGAACGGACUCUUCUCGCUGCCUGACGGUCGUCGACAUCGUGAGGUCCUCGAGCCGCCUCAGCACAAAUUAUACCAACUCCAGGAUGAGGAAGAGGGUUAGAGCGAAUGCUCAAGUGACAGGAUGGCAUCGGAGGGAAAAGACAUCAUCAGCAGAGAGGAGGGCAAAGUCUCCGGAAAAGAAGAAGGGACCCACAGAGGUGAUCACUUCGAAGGUGAAAGCYCUCUUGGAGAAGGGACACAGCGUGGAAGCUCUGCCGUCAGAAGAGCAGAAGGUGCCAACUCAGCAGGACACAAAGUCUGUCCAGGGUUUGGUCAGUAAAAGAGUCGGGCUAACGGCUGGCUCGAGCGGAGCCUCUUCCAAAACAGUUUCCAACCGUCCUGGAAAAGCUCCAGUCCCGACCGAGAGGAAAACACAAACAGAGGAGGAGAUAAAGGCCAGGCUGAGGAUGAAGCUUCUGGCUUUUAAUCAGAAGGCCAAGGAGAUGACGAAGCCACAAAACUCAAUCAUCAAGCAGCCAGAAGACCCCCUGGCCUCUGAGCUCAGCUAAUAGAUCAGUGAACUGUGGAAACGGUUCUGAGGAUCUUUGGAUCAGAAACAUUCAUGUUUAAGUUUUGUUUUUGUUUUUUUUACACAUUCACUUUAACAAGCAUCUGAAAUCUCACCUGUUUUCAACAGAACGGUUUCAAACUCUAAAAAUAAAUGAAGAAUAGUUUUUAUGGGACGUCUGCAGGUUAUAGUUAUGGUGCCACUGUUUUAUUUUCUCCUCUUGUAUGAACUUCUUUCUGUUAAAUCUCUUCUAUUGCAGUUUAAGGAAACGUUUAAUUUGUGUUUAUUUCUUGUCUGCUUGAGUAAAAUUUACCAGAAAACUUUAA